AUGACGCACUUGGUGGCCUUCGGGUCGCUCAUUGACCAUGUUGUAGGCAACGUAGCCAAACACGCGAAACUUGUCCAGGCUGGCCUUGUGGUCGGAGAAGGCUUGUAUCGGGGUCGUCGUGACGUUGGAGCCGUGUGGUACGCGGUUCUGGAUGAACACCGCUGUAUUCACCGCUUCAGCCCACCAACGCUUCGCGAGACCGGCGUGAGAGAGAAUGGCCAUGGCCAUCUCCAUGAUGGAACGGUGAGCUCGUUCUGCCGUCCCAUUUUGCCAUUGAUUGUAUGCCGUAGACGUCUCGUGAACGACACCCCAUUCCUCAAGUGCUUCGUUGAAAGCGUUGGAGGAGUACUCGUAUCCGCCGUCGGAUCUGAGGACCUUGACCUUCCGUCCUGUUUGCGCCUUGGACCACGCCAUUACUUUCGCGAAGUUGGCUUGUUGGGUGGCGGCGUCGAUGGAAUUGACGAAGCGAACGACUUUCAUGCCCGAACCGGUGUCAAAGUCCCCAAGUACUCACAGUACGCCAACAACUACCACAUCACCUUCAACAAGGUGAAUAAUCCGUUCUUGGCACGUGCGUUGGUCAAGGCUUUGGCGUUGAUGACCAAGUGUGUAAUCGCCGCGUUCAACCCAACUUCGGACCAAAACGUGGCCUCCCCGCACUUGAGGGUCAUCUUCAAGACCUCGUCGCCGCCUGCGGCAUUGGUCCCCAAGAACGGUCCUCCCCUGCGGGAAAUCACCGUGGUCGACCCCUCAGGACAGGCCGCCACACUUGUGUUUCAACACAAGAUCGCC